CUGGGGCCGGUCUGACUGGUUUGGGCCGCCCCGCCCGGCUCCUUGGGAGGAGCCGCCGCCAGCCUGUCGGUCCUACGUCCCUCCCUCGGGACGCCCACGCGGCCAGACCCCUGGGCCGUAGGGGCGCGGGAGCAGGCGGGCGGCCGCAGGGAUGGGGGGCGAGCAGCAGCAUUACUACGGGAAGCACGGAACUCCACAGAAGUAUGACCCCACCUUCAAAGGACCCAUUUACAACAGGGGCUGCACAGACAUCAUUUGCUGUGUGUUCCUCCUCCUGGCCAUCGUGGGCUACGUGGCUGUAGGGAUCAUAGCUUGGACCCAUGGGGACCCUCGAAAGGUGAUCUAUCCCACUGAUAGCCGAGGCCAGUUCUGUGGGCAGAAGGGCACGAAAAAUGCGAACAAACCCUUCCUGUUUUAUUUCAACAUUGUGAAGUGUGCCAGCCCCCUGGUCCUGCUGGAAUUCCAGUGUCCCACCCCCCAGAUCUGCGUGGAGAAGUGCCCCAACCGAUACCUCACCUACCUGAAUGCUCGCGCUUCCCAGGACUGGGAGUACUACAAGCAGUUCUGCGUGCCUGGCUUCCAGGACAGCAAGGGUGUGGUUGAGGUGCUUCGGGAUGGCGACUGCCCCGCGGUCCUCACUCCUAGCACACCCUUGGCCCAGCGGUGCUUCCCAGCCAUCCACGCCCACAAGGGGGUCCUCAUGGUGGGCAACGAGACAACCUAUGAGGAUGGGCACGGCGGUCGGAAAAACAUCACUGAGCUGAUUGAGGGCGCCAAGAAGGCCAAUGGGGUGCUGGAGGCUCGGCAGCUAGCCAUGCGGAUAUUUGAAGAUUACACAGUCUCCUGGUACUGGAUUGUCAUAGGUCUGGUCAUUGCUAUGGUGAUGAGCCUCCUGUUCGUCGUGCUGCUCCGCUUCCUGGCUGGCAUUAUGGUCUGGGUGAUGAUCGUCAUGGUGAUUCUGGUACUGGGCUACGGUAUAUUUCACUGCUACAUGGAGUAUGCCCGACUCCGUGGUGAAGCUGGCUCCGACAUCUCCCUGGUGGACCUCGGCUUUCAGACAGACUUCCGUGUGUACCUGCAUUUGCGGCAGACCUGGAUGGCCUUCAUGAUAAUUCUGAGCAUCCUUGAGGUUGUUAUCAUCUUGCUGCUCAUCUUUCUACGGAAGAGAAUUCUCAUCGCCAUUGCACUCAUCAAAGAAGCCAGCAGGGCUGUGGGAUAUGUGAUGUGUUCCUUGCUGUACCCACUGGUCACCUUCUUCCUGCUGUGCCUUUGCAUCGCCUACUGGGCCAGCACUGCUGUCUUCCUGUCCACUUCCAACGAAGCCAUUUAUAAGAUCUUCGAUGAUAUCACCACCUGCCCAGUUAUAGGGAAAACCUGCAACCCUGAGACCUUCCCCUCCUCCAAUGAAUCCCGCCUAUGUCCUGGAGCCCACUGCCAGUUCGCCUUCUAUGGUGGUGAGUCGGGUUACCACCGGGCCCUCCUGGGCCUGCAGAUCUUCAAUGCCUUCAUGUUCUUCUGGCUGGCCAACUUUGUGCUGGCGCUAGGCCAGGUCACGCUAGCUGGCGCCUUCGCUUCGUACUACUGGGCCCUGCACAAGCCAGAUGACCUGCCUGCCUUCCCGCUCUUCUCUUCCUUCAGCCGGGCGCUCAGGUAUCACACAGGCUCCCUGGCCUUUGGUGCCCUCAUUCUGGCCAUUGUACAGAUCAUCCGAGUGAUACUAGAGUAUUUGGAUCAGCGCCUGAAAGCUGCGGACAACAAGUUUGCCAAGUUCCUCAUGGUCUGUCUCAAAUGCUGUUUCUGGUGUCUAGAGAAGUUCAUCAAAUUCCUCAACAGGAAUGCCUACAUCAUGAUUGCCAUCUAUGGUACAAACUUCUGCACCUCAGCCAAGAACGCCUUCUUCCUGCUGAUGAGAAACAUCAUCAGAGUGGCUGUCCUGGACAAAGUUACUGACUUCCUCUUCCUGUUGGGCAAACUUCUGAUUGUGGGUAGCGUGGGAAUCCUGGCUUUCUUCUUCUUCACCCACCGUAUUAGGAUCAUACAAGACACAGCACCGCCUCUCAAUUAUUACUGGGUCCCUAUACUGACUGUGAUCAUCGGUUCCUACCUGAUUGCCCAUGGCUUCUUCAGUGUCUACGGCAUGUGUGUGGACACGUUGUUCCUCUGCUUCUGUGAGGACCUGGAAAGGAAUGACGGCUCUCAGGAGCGACCCUACUACAUGUCGCCUGAGCUGAGAGACAUCCUGUUGAAGGGGAGUGCGGAGGAGGGGAAGCGGGCAGAAGUCGAGGAGUAGGAGGCGUAGAGAAGGAGGGAGGCCAGCUUGCGGCCUGGCAGGCCUCCCUGUUUCUGCCCUGUAGACUGGGGGUGCAUGCGGGGCUUCCUUGCCUGGGAGUGUGGGGAGCGUGCGUGUGUCCCAUUCCCGAGCCCCCUGUAGCCUGCCCCUCUCCAGUCCCAGUGUGUCUUGCUUCCUAACCCUCUGAGGCUUCUGUGGCCCCCGCCCGCCCCGUCCCCAGAGGCCCUGCCUGUGAGCUCCCCUCAUGCCAUCUGCUCUGGGGUCUCUCUGCAGUGGAGGACCUGGAGAGGAAUGACGGCUCGGCCGAGAGGCCUUACUUCAUGUCUUCCAGUCUCAAGAAGCUUUUGAACAAGACGAACAAGAAGCUGGCGGAGUCUUAAAGGCCCCGCCUUCCCUCACCUCCCUGCAAAGCUUCACACUGGGUGCUGUGUAGCUGGGUCAGAACUGCCAGUCCAUUGGGCUGGCCCGAAGUCCUGUCACUGCCACCCCGCCAUCAUCCAGUUACCACCAGUUUCUGGGGACCUGGAGGAUUUGUGGCAUCUCCUCCCUCUGCCAAGAGUCAGUCAGACUUUUCAUGGUGGCCUCCGCAAGACUGAGCGACGAUGAGUCAGUCCAGCCCUCACUGGCCCUGAUGGGAAGAAGUCCCAUGAAGGCUCUUGAUGUGUCUGGCAUGCGAUGGGGUCCAGGCUCUGUGGGCUGCCUCAGCCUUCCUGUUCCCUCGUAUGGUGGGAUGGCAUUUGUGUCGGGGAGCCAUGGCCACAGUACACUGCAGCUCCUAAAGGACCUGGUUCACUGUAUUUGCUCAAGCCCGGACUGAGCCCCUUCUCACAGCUGAACAACUGGCUCACAGGCCACCAUGUACAUUUCUUCAUUAUUUUUUUUAACUUGUCUAUGCGUUAAAAGGUGUAUUAGGUUUUCUUUCCCGUCUGUCUCAACAGCUGAGAUGGGGCCACUGAGGAGUGCCUUCUGUUAUCUGGUAUGGCUGCAGUGGGGUAUGGUGUGCGUGCCCAAGUGGGGGUGUCUUCUGGUGUGGGGGCAGCAGCGCACCCUGUUCGUUGAUGGGGGAUGAGGGAGUGAGACUCUUUGGGAGGCUGCUUUGAGCAGGAGGGAGGAGACCACUAACAGCGGCCUAAUGGAAACCUGCUGGCUGGCUGGAUUUUCUCCCCUUCCUCUGCCAGUUAUUGACACAGCUCUCUUUGUAAGAGAGAAAAGAAACUGAAUCCACCCAAGGGACAAUUUCAGGGGAAGGGGUGCAGGGCAGACGCCAUGUGCGUACCGGGCCUCCCUGCCUGGUCACCUCAUCUUGAGGAUCCUUUUGCCAAAUUUGUUGAACUCAGGACCUGGUUUCCUGGUUCCUUCUCCAUAUCUUAAGGCCCCCGACUUCAUGUCUUUGUUCAUCAGCACCGUUCUAGGAUCCUGGAGAGGGAGAAAUUCCCACCUGGGGUCUCCAUGUCCUGUGCCUGUUGCCGGCCCUCCCUCCCGUGUUCUCUCCACACACCCCUGCGUGUAACUGCAUUCCAACCACUAAUAAAGUGCCUAUUGUA